AUGAGUGACAGGAGAGAGCCACCUGUAGCAGCCCGGAGGAGACGCCACCUGGACCGCACCGUUAUAUUCCCCACGGCGGCACACGGAGCGCCUCAAAGCCACAGCUUCCUUCCUCUCACUCAGCAGCUCCGGAAAAAUCCCCUGCAGAGCUGCGACAUGCCUCCACGAUGCCUGCUCGUCGUUUUUCUCUUCGGGAUUGUCUCCAAAGCACAAAUGACAACGGAGCCUCCUACUGCUACUGAUGGUCACAACAUAACCACAAAUUUCCUUACCACAGUAAUAGGCAAUGCAACUACUGAACACAACACAAGAGAAACAACUGGAACUUCAUCAACUUCUCAAGCGAUAACCAUGACAGAUACAGUCACAAGGAACAGUACUGAGAAGAUCACCACAGGAAACCUUGCAGAAAACCCAACUACAAAUGUGCAGAUCACAUCAACAAGCAACAGUAUGCCUACACAAUCUGCACAAGUUCAAACUUCAGCAACAAACAACAACAUGACUAUACAACCUGAGACUACACAAACUCAGACUACAGCAAUGGGCAACAACAUGACCACACAAGCUCAGACUACAGCAAUGGGCAACAACAUGACCACACAAACUCAGACUACAGCAAUGGCCAACAACAUGACCACACAAACUCAGAUUACAGGAAUUGGCAACAACAUGACCACACAAACUCAGAUUACAGGAAUGGGCAACAUGACCACACAAGCUCAGACUACAGGAAUGGGCAACAACAUGACCACACAAGUUCAGACUACAGGAAUUGGCAACAACAUGACCACACAAGCUCAGAUUACAGGAAUGGGCAACAUGACCACACAAGCUCAGACUACAGCAAUGGGCAACAACAUGACCACACAAACUCAGAUUACAGGAAUUGGCAACAACAUGACCACACAAGCUCAGACUACAGGAAUGGGCAACAUGACCACACAAGCUCAAACUACAGGAAUGGGCAACAACAUGACCACACAAGCUCAGAUUACAGGAAUGGGCAACAUGACCACACAAACUCAGAUUACAGGAAUGGGCAACAACAUGACCACACAAACUCAGACUACAGGAAUGGGCAACAACAUGAGCACACAAGCUCAGACUACAGCAAUGGGCAACAACAUGACCACACAAGCUCAGACUACAGGAAUUGGCAACAACAUGACCACACAAGCUCAGACUACAGGAAUGGGCAACAACAUGACCACACCAGCUCAGACUACAGGAAUGGGCAACAACAUGACAACCCACACUGCACAAGCUAGCACUACAGUGACAAACAGCAACAUGACAACGCAAGUUCAAAUUACAAUGUCAAACAAUGACACAACUGCAGCUGUUUCAACCACAAUGUCAGGCAACAACUCAACUACAGAUGCCCUGACCACAGUGACAAACAACAAUGUGACUACAACGGUUGCAAUUACACCGACAGUCACUGACAUGACUACAAAUGCAUCAAUUGCACCAACAGUCAACCACACAACUGCAAGUACACCACUUGACAAUGAUACAGCAACGACAACUACAAACAGCCACACCACCGAAAACGUGGCAACUACAACUAAUGAAAACACUACAGGCACAUUUGUCACAGUCACAAACAAUGUCACAGCCACUACAAGUGACAAUGUGACUCUAAGUCCACAAAUCACACCUGUCACUCACUUCCCAACUACGGAUACCUCAGACAAUCAUACAGCCACUACAUCAGUUACAGAGAUGGGAAACACCACAACUUUAAUCACCAGUACCCCACAUUCUAGCAACAUGACAACAACUAUGAACUCAGCUACCUCAGAGCAAGCUAAUACAACCCUAGCAAGCUCUCCUGGAACUUCUGAGACUCCUGCAUCAACCAUCAUAUCCUUUACUUCGACUGACACCAAAAACAUGACAGACUCUUCGCCCACCAGCACCCCUUCUCCUACCAGCAACUUCACAGGCACUAGCUACACUCCCUCAACCGGCAAUGCCACCACCCUUAGUUCUUCACCAGCAACCUCAGCAGAGUCCAAUGUUACUAUGGGAAAAACCACUACUACCAUGUUACCGACAAAUUCACCCGCCAACACCACUGAGAGCCUGAACACCAACACUCCUACCUCCACCGAUGGGACCACCGAGAUUUUCACCACCUUUCGGACAACAGAGGGAAUCACCAGCAGCUUCCCCACUGAGGCUCCGACCACUCCCAGUCCUGUAAUCGUGUGUCCCUCUGUCCCCUGUCCUGUUCAAAGCGUCUGCCUCAACGGCACUUGCCAGUGUCUCUCUGGCAACUACCUACUCAAUGGACGUUGUGUUCCUGCGCAAGUAUUCCCAGGCAGGCUUCAUUUCCUGUCUUUAACAUUUGAAGAUCAAAUGAGAAACAGGUCCUCCAGGAUCUUUCAGGAGACAGCAGCAAAAGUCUCAGCAGCACUCAGAGACGUCCUGAAAAAUCAGCCUGGAUAUAGACGAACAGAUGUUGUUCAGCUCGAACCUGGUAGUGUGAUAGCGAGCGUAAAUAACAUAUUUGAAGACAGCCCUGCCACUCAAACCUCUGUUGAUAAGAUCAUCAGAGAGGCUUUAAAAAACCCUGAAGGACUUCUGAGCAAUGCCACAUACACAGGAACCAAUCUGUGUCAGGUGGAGCCGCUACCUUGUGAUGUCUCUAGUACAAAAUGCACACGUGUAAAUGGCCAAGCUUCUUGCUCCUGUAAAGACGGUUACAUCUCCAUGAUCUACUCCAACACCAGCUGCAAAGCUUGUCCAAGUGGACAGCAGGCAAUACAGGAUAAGUGUGAAACAUGUCCAUUUGGGUAUGCCGGUUUCAACUGCAAUGACUCGUCCCUGCUUGCAGUGGUGGUCAUCUCCUGUGUGUUAGGAGGAGUUCUCCUCAUCCUUGUUCUGGCUUUGCUGGUUUACUGCUGCUGGAAGAGAUGUUCAAGGACCAACCCUGACCGCAACAUCAGUCCAUACUCUGAUGAGUUAAACAAGUCAUGGCCUGUUGGCAUCACCCCAAUCCCACGUGCCAACACACACUGGGAAUCAGCUGGUUCCAUAGAGAUGACAGAAGGGGGCAGCACCAACAUGCUGGCGGACAAAAAGCCAGAGAGCAAUGGCUUUGGUGCACAGCUGAAGCCGAAAAGAUGGAAAAAGUCAGGAUCGUACGAUCUGAAUCCAGAGGAGAUGAAGACCUUCAAAGGUAAAAACACGUCCCGUUACUCUUAUCUGGUCGAAGGGCACGAGAACCCCUACUUCCUUCCUGGUGAUGAGAAGAGAAAGUCCACAAAGAAAUGAUGAUCAAAUUCUCUGGGACAACUGGAGAACUUUCAGUCUAUCCAAGCAGGUCCAUUCAAGUUGAGAUGUUUUUAUUGUUAUUUUUUUGUGUGUCUGAAUCAUGUCUGCUUUUAAGAAGUCCAGCUAGCAUUUGUCAACUUUACUCAUCAAUAUCAACUCAGUUUUCGUUUUUCACCUGUUUAUUUUUUGUGUUUUGUUUUUUGUAAUAAUCAUGCCUCCUUUGCUGAUUGCACUAAAGUUUACCUCAACUUUGAUCAUUUUGAAGGUGAAUUGAAUGCUAGUUUUAUAAAGUUACUGUAGCUAAUCUUCAGAAUGGGAUGAUCACUUUAUAGAAAAACAACUCUUGUACGACUAAAAGGGCUGGAUCCCUGGUUUGAAUAUUUUUUAAAAAUGUUGUACCAGUCUAAUGCAGAGAGUAUUGCAGAAUGUGCCUGGUUUAGUGGUCCGUUUUACAAAUAGGAAACAUUAUGCAACGCUGGUGAUAAAGCCUGUCUCCUGGAUGUGCCAAUUACCACUUGUAUACUUUUUUGGAGGGAGAAUCUAUAUUAAUAUAUUUAUCUUUAUGUGGCACACACUGUUUUAUAAGUGACAUUUUGUUUUGUAAAUAUUUUAAAAUUGAGUGAGAGUGUGUGUGAGAGUGUGUGUGUAUGCGUGGACUGACUGGUGAAAUAAAAUAAUUUAAACACAUGAAAUGUGUCAUCAUUACUGCAUUUGACUAAUAAAACACACCAACUUAAAGAGGUUUUUCCCUAUUUAGUAGACUUUGUUUUUAGCCCAUUGUUUUGUUGUUAUUCAGGUAUUGGUAAAGGAAUUAUUUAAAGUUAUCAAAGAACAUAUAUUUUCUGACAACAGUUUCAGUUUUACUUCCUGUUUUAUUUUGAAAUGCUUAGUUUUGGUUAAUCUAACUUCCUGUUUUUGGUUAGUAAUCACUCUCACCUGAGUAGCAGUCAUCUAGUCUCUACCUCAGUACCUGUUUGCACACUUAUUUUAAAAUGAAACUUAUAUUUGCUUUUACUGGAACUUUUUUAUUAUUAUUAUUAUUUAUCUGGUUGCAUCCCGAUAUUUGAUUUGAAUAAAGAUUUGUACAUUUUCCCUC